AUGGCGACGCCGAAUGCCACCACCACAGGCAUUGACGCCGGCGACCUCAGAAGACGAAACGUAGGCUAUGGCCAGCCCAACGGCACCUUCGUGCCCGCCAAGCUCGACAAGCAGCUCGACGAAAAGACCAAGCAGAAGACCAACUCCUUCCUCCACACCCUCGACGAGUAUGAAUUCGUGAUUGCACCCAUCAUCUUCACCGCACUGGCCUUCUUCACGCGCAUGUGGAAGAUUGGCCUCUCCAACAUGGUCACCUGGGACGAGGCACAUUUCGGCAAGUUCGGAUCACACUAUCUCAAGCGCGAGUUCUACUUCGAUGUACACCCGCCGCUCGGAAAGAUGCUUGUCGGCCUAUCAGGCUAUCUCGCAGGAUACAAUGGUUCAUUCGAGUUCAAGAGCGGAGAGGCAUAUCCAGAGGAUGUGGACUACCAAUUCAUGCGCGUUUUCAACGCAGCUUUCGGUGCUCUCUGCAUCCCGCUGGCCUACUUUACUGCGAAAGAGCUGCACUUCAGAAGAUCGACGGUGUGGUUGGUGACCUUGAUGGUGCUGUUUGAGAACAGCUACACGACCAUCAGCAGAUUCAUCCUGCUGGACAGCAUGCUUCUGUUCUUCACCUUCACCACCGUCUUCACCUGGGCCAAGUUCCACAACCAGAGACAUGAUCCAUUUUCUCCAUCGUGGGGCUUCUGGCUGUUCAUGACUGGUAUCUCUAUCGGUUGCGUGUGCAGUGUCAAGUGGGUUGGUAUGUUUGGCACUGCGCUGGUAGGACUCUACACCAUCGAAGAUCUCUGGAACAAAUUUGGCGACCUUAAGAUGCCCAAAUUUGAGCUCGGAGCACACGUUGCAUUCCGCGUGGUCGGACUGAUGGUUAUUCCCAUGAUCGUCUACAUGUUCUCAUUCUGGAUGCACUUUUUGAUUCUCGAGAACAGCGGACCCGGCGACGCGCAGAUGUCUUCUCUCUUCCAGGCGAAUCUUAAGGGGACCGCAGUGGGCAAAGACAGCCCUCUGGAAGUGGCAUUCGGAUCGCGCGCUACUUUGAAGAACAUGGGCUACGGUGGAGGACUUCUCCACUCGCACGUCCAGACCUAUCCAGAAGGAUCGGGCCAGCAGCAAAUCACCUGCUACCACCACAAAGACGCCAACAACGACUGGUUCUUCUAUCCAAAUCGCAAUGAGCCAGAGUUCAACCCCGAAGCUCCCAUCAAAUACGUUGGCAACGGCGAUGUGAUCCGUUUGAUACACGCUCAAACCGGCCGCAACCUCCACUCUCACCAAGUUGCAGCUCCCGUCACCAAGGCUGACUAUGAAGUUUCCUGUUAUGGAAAUGUGACCAUUGGCGACACCAAGGACCACUGGAUCGUUGAGGUGGUCGAUGAUGCUGCUUCGCGCGAUUGGUCCAAAGUCCGAACACUUACCACUUCUUUCCGUCUCAAACACAAGGAUCUUGGCUGUUACCUGCGCGCUGGAAACGUCAAUCUUCCUCAGUGGGGUUUUAAGCAGAUUGAGACGAGUUGUGUCAAGGAGAACAGGCCUCGCGAUAAGUUCACGCACUGGAAUGUUGAGUCACAUUGGAACGAGAAGCUCCCCGCUGGCGAUCCUGGGUCAUACAAAUCGCCUUUCUUCCGCGACUUCAUCCACCUCAACGUCGCCAUGAUGACCUCGAACAAUGCGCUUGUGCCUGACCCAGACAAACAAGACGAUCUCGCUUCGGCGCCAUGGCAGUGGCCACUUCUCAACGUCGGUCUCCGCAUGUGCGGUUGGGACGACAAGAACGUCAAGUACUACCUGCUUGGCAACCCGUUCGUCUACUGGGCAUCAACGGCGUCGCUCUUCUUCUUCAUCGGCAUGUUCGCGUGGUAUGCCAUUCGCUGGCAGCGAGGCUUCGACGAACUCACAUGGAAGGACAUCGAUCAAUUCCAGUACGCUGGCAUAUACCCCGUGAUUGGCUGGUUCCUUCACUACCUGCCAUUCGUUGCUAUGGCACGUGUGACUUACGUGCACCACUACUACCCAGCACUCUACUUCGCAAUCCUGACAUUCGGCUUCUGCAUAGACUGGUGUACGAGCAGAUUACCGAAGCCGGUGGAAUGGGGUCUCUACACGGCGCUCUACGGAGUCGUCAUCUUCAUGUUCUGGCUGUUCCGAGCCUUAUGCUUCGGUAUGGUUGGAUCUAAUCAACAAUGGAAGCACCUGAAGUGGCUCCCGAAAUGGAGAAUGUCGGAUUAGAUUUUCGUUGCUACAGCACGAGUCUCAGUUUCUUUUUAGACGGGAGUGGGAAGAUGGUAUGAGGAACGGUCGAUCUCCUUGGGGCGGCACAUGGCGUGGCAUUGCAUCAGGCGUCUGGGAUCAGCGAAAAACAGCGCGAGAUGUACUAUGUAACAUGCAGCAAAAUUUCUCAUCAGUCUCAAAUG